GUUCCAAUGACCGGACCGCUCAACGCGUCCCCUCAACGAUAACCCUCAAGACGAUUGCGACGACGGCAAUAGUGUUCAACGCCCUGCGCAAGUAGCUGGGACGAAAAUAUCGAAAAAAGGGGAAUAAAGUGGCCGCAGCAGAGUUCUUCACACACACAUUGGACGAGAUAUGAAUUAUGCAAUAUUGUUCCGAAACUCCGCUGUUGCCGGCCAUGUGUGUGACGCCCGUUUCAUAUGGCUAAUGUUAAUAGCCGCCAUCACAAAUUGCACCAGCUUAGAACACGCUUCGAGGUCCAAAUACUAUACUAGUGGCUAUUACCCGCAGCACUACGUUCAUACCGACCCUUGGAUAUCGCCGUCGAUGAAAAAUACAAAAUCAGAUAUAUAUAAAACAAAAAGUGAUACAGAUGAAUCAACAGGAGGUAGUACAAAAGGAGAUGCAGAAAAACACAAAAGUGGUAAACUUCUAAAUGAAAAAAAAUCCACAAAAUACAAAGAAGAAAAAGGAAAUACUGACAAAUAUAACAACAAAGGAAAUCAUGGUGGAGAGAUACACACUCAUGGAGGUAAAAAGAAGGAAGCAGCUUAUAAAAAAGGCGAUAAACACAAAAAAUAUAAAACCAAAAAAGGUUUUCAAGACAAAUACCAUAAGAACGAAAAACAUAAGGUAAACGAAUUUUGGGAUAAUUAUGAAACGUAUGGUACAUUCAAAGAAUUUGGGAAAAAAGAAGAUAAAAAGUUAGAUGGUAAUAAAAAUAAUAAAAAAAAGAAAACUCAAAAGGGAAGUAAGUCAAAAAAAGUAAAUAAGAAAAAAGGUGAAUCGAAAAAUAAAACUGGAAGUAAAAGCGAAACUGGACAUAACAAGGAGAAUAAAAAUGAUUCACACUAUAAUCAUGAAUCUAAAUAUCACAAAGAAAAGAAAUCUAAAAAAACCCAUAAGACAAAAACUUAAAAUGUAUAACUAUUAUUUUGAUAAGAAUUUAUUACAAUAAGUAUAAAAUAUAAUUACUAUUUUACAAUGAGCAUUAGGAAUAAUAG